UCUAGACUUCAUCCCGUCUUUUUAGUUCCUACCGAAACAUCAUAAGCAAUGUUUAAAAUGAACAAAUUGAGCGGUAUUUCUUAUGCUUUCGAAAAGUUACCAAAGGGCUUUCGGAAAUAUUGCAGUGGAAAUAACAAAAUAAAAGCCCAACAUACAGCUCUGUAUGAUUUUCAUAAGAAGCAUGGAGGAAAAAUGGUGAAUUUUGGAGGAUAUAUUCUUCCUGUACAGUAUGCGGAUCAGAGUAUUGUUUCAUCUCAUUUACACACACGCCAUUAUGCUUCCAUAUUUGACGUUUCGCACAUGUUGCAAACAUAUGUACGUGGAAAAGAUGCCAUACCAUGUAUAGAAUCUUUAUGCACUGCUGAUAUUAAGGGAAUGACUUUUGGCACAAGCUCUUUAACAAUAUUCACAAAUGAUAAUGGGGGAAUAUUAGAUGAUUUAAUUGUGUCCAAAAUUGACGACGAACAACUGUAUAUUGUCUCGAAUGCCGCAAUGAAAUCUCAAGACAUGGAAAUAAUGCAGAAAGCCAAGAAUCGGUUUAACGCUGAUGGAAAAAACGUUGACAUCGAAUUUUUAUCUACAAGCGAUCAAUCCCUCAUAGCUAUACAAGGACCAAGAGGCGUCAGAAGUUUGGAGAAACUUCUUCCGAAACCGAAAAUAUUGAAUGAGUUAUAUUUUUUGCACACGACUGUUAGUGAAGUGGCUGGAAUUCCAAAGUGUCGUAUAACUCGUUGUGGUUAUACUGGGGAAGAUGGUGUAGAGGUGUCCGUUCCUUCGACUCAUGUUGAAUACUUAACCGAAGCGUUGUUAGAAACAAAUGAACAUUUAAAAAUGGCUGGCCUGGGUGCACGAGAUACACUAAGGUUGGAAUCUGGUCUAUGUCUGUAUGGCAACGAUAUCACCGAUGAAACUACACCUGUAGAAGCAGGUCUAGCUUGGUUAAUUGCACGACGCCGGCGGAAUGAAAGGGACUUUCCUGGCAGCGACCGAAUUUUGUCACAAUUGAAUAAGCUAACGGGAGAAAUUAGUCAUUGUCGGAUUGGUUUAGUUAUGUGUGGAAAAAACAAAACUCCUCCAGCACGCGCUGGUGUAAAAAUCUAUUAUAAAGAUAAAGAAGUUGGAUUUAUAACAAGUGGUUGUUUAAGUCCUAGCCUUGAGAAAAAUAUCGCAAUGGGGUAUAUCUUAGAAGAUCAUACUAAUAUACCAAAUAAAAUGGUGCAUCUUAAAAUUAGAGAUAAUUUUUAUGAUGCUAUCAUUACACGCAUGCCCUUUGUGAAACCCAAUUACUUCAAUAAACCGAAGAAAUUAAUUUGAAACUGCCCGAGACAAA